UACUAAAACUACCAACUGUGGUGUGAAUGAAGUCUUUUUAAAGGUUCUAAAAACAUGGAACAGAACUUAUUUAUGAACAGUCAAAAGUCAGUGAAUAAAGGCAUGGAUGUGGGAAAUUCCUAUUCAAAUACAGUAUCUGUGUUAAACAUACAGUGGUUCAAUGCAGUUGACGUGUUGUUGUUUUUUAAAAACCAUGGUCUUCUAGGAUCUUCCACUUCAGAUCGAUCUACUGUUUAUGAAGAACUAACAUUUCUCUACCAAAGUGAAAAUGGCUGCUUAAUAUAGUAAACACAAGUUGCAAAUUGGGUGAGUCGGAGUCAUAUUUCACCCUUGGCAAUGACUUAGGACCCCUUUGAGAUUCAGUUCUUUUCCUUUGAAGGUUCCUUCUGUAAAAAGUGACAAUGGCCCUCUCUGUUGGCACCAGGCCUGCUGCCCAUCCUGCCCGCUGCUGCACCUGUUGCUUUUGGGUGGAAAAAAAAGAGCCCUGGGGCUUCUGCUCCUGAGUCCACUCACAGUUCACCUCUGCCAAGAUGGGACCUUUAGUUACUCCUUAUAAACGGGUUCGUUUAGGCGGGACUGCUCAAUUCUUCAGUCAAAGAACAAGAUGAUGAACUCUCAUUUAUAAAAGGAUUCCUCACUCUAUGAGGUUUCUCCUCGAUAAUGCUGUUAACACAUAAUGUGGCAACUUCCUUCUUUAAGCAAGAGCACGUUAGCACCAGUAGACUCUUAUUUAGCCUGCUACUGUACAGUAGUACUGUAUGUGCUUCCUGACGGAGAAACAGCCCUGCACUGGGAGCUUUACAAAAUGUUGCCGCUCGCCGGAGAGAGGGUUGUGAGUAAAUCCCGAGGAGGAAAUUCUUAUGCAAUUAUUAUUUUCCGGGCCGCAGCGGCAUUUUUUCUCAAAAAGGGAACCAAGUUGCUGUAACUUCAGCUUCCGAGCCUUCCUUCCGCUCUGCAUCCAGUGCCGGCGAGCGAGCACCCGCUUUGUGGCCAGCCAGCCAGUCCUUGACGCAAGCGGACGAUUGCUAUUGACUUCGAGGCGAAUUUGCCCUCGUCAAACAUGGCCCUCCCGCCCUCGCCGUAGCUUCCCCCCGGCCACAACGUCAGGCACGGCUACAGAUUUUUCUCUCCCGGUUUCAAAAUGGCUGCUCUGCCCUUCUGUGGGGAUCAACCACUCGCGGUGAGGCUCAUCUAAUCGGAAGGUUUGUCUAUAGAGGUAUAAAUUAAUCAUCGUAAAGAACUGAACAAUGGAACCAGAUGUCAUCCGAAUGUACUCUUCUUCCCCUCCACCACUAGAUAAUGGAGCAGAGGAGGAGGAGGAGGAGGAGGAGGAAUUUGGUGAUUUUGGUGGGUUUUCUGGUGCUGGAAGUACCAGUGUAGGCUUUGACUUUGCAUCAGAUUAUUCUGGUUCAAAUGAAGAACAUAAAUCUUCAUAUAACUCUGAUUACUCAGGCAAUGUAGACAGCAUUAUAGCCUUUACUACUGUUCAAUACACUAAUGAUAAAGAGAGUGUUACAGAACUUCCUAAUUCUAUUAAAGGACUUCCUGGCAGUAGUAGAGAAAACUGUGAGUGUAAAAGUUUUGAUACAUCAUUUGAUAAAGUCAGUCCUGUAGAAGUAAAGAGAUCUGGGAAACUACAGUCAUCAAAUCCUGAAAUUAUUAGGACUGAUAUGACAGUUCCAAGCCAGGACCAGCAAGUAGACAGCUGUAAUGGUGAAAAGCAACCAUGUCCAGAAGUUCUAACAAAUGGAUUUGUAGCACCAGACACAGCAAAUUCUCAGGGAGUUGAAGAUCUGGACAGUGUCAGUGACUCAAAGGGAUUAGAUACAAUUAGCACUCAUAGUACUGAAUUGAAUUUGGAUUCUAUAGCCAGCACAGCAGAGGAUUUUGCAGACUUUGCCACAUUCUCUUAUAAACAAACAACCCAGGUAGAAGAAACAGGAAAUAAAAUAUGCAAAAAUUCUAGUGAAAGAGAAGUACUAAGUGUACAGGAAAAUAAUAUUAUAAAUAGAGCUGGAGGGAGGGAAUCAAUGAAGGAAGCAACUUUGGAUGGAAUUUGUGAAUAUGAAGGAGAAAAUUCUACUGAAGGUGAACGGAUCAGCAUUUCAAACAUUAAUUUAGUAAUAGUUGAUGACUUCAAAGCUACGGAAGACUGUACAGCAUUGGAACACAACAUUGCCUCUUCCAUAAAAACAAAUGUGAAUUCACUAGGCACAACGGAAAGCUUUGAAACAAAAGGAGAAAGUGACACUGGAAAUAGCAAAGAACAUAUUGUUUCUUGGACCAAUGAUACUACAAAGACAUUAAACUUUAAUAUUAGUAGAGUUCACCGCCUUAGCAGUCUUCCAACAGAAGAAAAGGUACAUGUUUCUGAAACAAUUAAAAAUGGUGAAAGUGGCACUGGACAUAAAUCAUGUAGUGGAUCAAGUGAAGAUGAUUUUGGUGACUUUGGCACAGUCAGUAAUGGUUCUCCUGUAUUUGCUGAUGGUGCUCAAUCCUCUGCACACCGGGAACAUUUUCAAAUCACAAAUGACAGCAUCAGUAAACUCAAUAAUGAAUGUGGUGACUUCACAGACAGAAGUGACACAAAUCAGCAGUCAACAGAGGUAGAGCUCCCUCAGCCUAAUGUAAUUCCAAGCACCUCACUGAAAGAGUAUCUAACAUCUUCUGUUCAUUCUAGUAUGAAUAUGCCAUCUCCUGCAAAACUGGAGAAUGGAGAUGACAGUGAGUUUGGAGACUUUGGUUCAAUAUCUAAAAGGUUUCCAGACUCAGACGACUUCUCGGACUUCAGUUCUGCUGGUUGCAAUCAAGCUAUAGAGUGGAAUGCUUUUGAGGCUGAGCAAAAAGAGGGCUGCACAUGGGCCGCAUUUGAUGAACAACCUGUGGUGGAAUCUCAUCCCGAAAGAGAUAUAUGGCCCUUGCAUAGGACAGACGCAACUUCUGUUGCUGAAGGUUCAGUGACUCAAAAUAUUUGUAUAACAUCUUUGCAUGGAACUGGCAGCGGGCAAUUGCACGAAUCACCAGCUUCAGCUCGGACAGUACUCCUAAAUCGUCUAGAACGAAUAUUUGAGGCCUGUUUUCCUUCUGUACCUGUUUCUGAAAUGGAAGAGGAAAUUGUUUCUUUGAAGCUCUUGUUGGAAGUGGGUAAUAAGCCUGAAAAGACUGAGGAGACCAUAUCAGAAAGGGAGCUCCUUGAUGUGUGGACAGAACUUCAGGAUAUCCAUGAUGCGUAUGGAUUGAGAUAUCAGUGGGGCGGCUCUCACAGUAACAAAAAGCUCCUCUGCUCUUUGGGAAUUGAUACAAGAAACAUUCUCUUCACUGGCAACAGGAAGCAACCUGUCAUUGUGCCCAUGUAUGCAGCAGGAUUGGGUAUGUUAGAACCGACCAAGGAGCCCCUGAAACCAUUGUCUGCUGCAGAGAAAAUAGCUUCCUUAGGACAGACUCCAGCUAUAUCACCAGAGAUGAAUAUAUGUGCACCUGAUCAAUCCCAGGAAUCUCUACCACCUGUCCAGUUUGACUGGAGUAGCAGUGGCCUUACUAACCCUUUAGAUGCUAGUGGAGGUUCCACUCUUCUGAACCUUGAUUUCUUUGGGCCCGUGGAUGACAGUAGCUCUAGCACCGCCACCACCAUCCCAGGUGUGGAUCCAGAAUUGUACGAAUUGACAACUUCGAAGCUGGAAACCUCCAACACCAUCAGUAAAGUGACCGAUGCAUUUGCAAAGCUGAUGUCUACUGUAGAGAAAGCAAGUUCAUCAGCAAGAAAGCCCAAAAAGGAAGAACAGCUCAGUGAAGAAGCUGCCAAGGUGAUUUCUAGCCUUCCUGACUUAUCUUUCAUGCAUGCCAAGGUGUUGAUGUUCCCAGCCACAUUAACACCUUCCACAAGUUGCCAAGCCAAGGUAGACUAAAAUGAAUGGAAUUGGACAACUUCUAUUGAUUCCUCCCCUAGUCCCCUUCCUGGGUCCUAUAAAGUGAUCUUGCUUUAAUGAAAAAUUCAAGUUCAGAUGAUUUGUUGGUAAGCAGCACUAGAAUGGUAUACAUAGUUAUGUAUAUUUAUUUACAUACUGGAGUCCUAAAUUUAUAUUAGAAAAAAAUGUAAAUAACGGGCAGAUUGAAGCUUUUUUGGAAGAUUUACCCUUUUCUGUUGUGCUGGGGUGUAAACAUUUGUCUUUGUGGAAUACACUGGUAGUGUCCUUCUUACAAAACUUUAUAAACAUUUUUUAAAUGGAACUUCUAAUUUUUGCUCAUCAUGACAUUUCACUCAUCCCCUCCCUAUGAAUCACUUGGCUACCCUUGAUUAAAAUCUUUUUACUGAAGCCUAAAUGUUUCAGGAUCUUUCAGUGCUUUCUUUUAAGCAGACUGAAUUGUCUCAUUUUCAUCAGACUUCAUGUGGCUUUUUCAGUUGGGGGGGGCUAAGUGGUCGAUUUUUAGCUUUUUGAAUUCUAGCACUAUGGAUUUAUCAUCAUUGCCUUUCAAGAGGUUUACUCUCAUUUUUUUUAGUUAAGUGACAGAUUACUGCCUAGCCACUUACCGUGGGAAUCUGUGUACUGAUCAAUUUGGUUUGGGAUAGAAGGACCAAAGCUAUCUGAAUGUCUUUUAAUGAAAUAUACCUGUUACAUUUUCUUUGUUGUACCACUAUUCUUAUGUUUGAUUUUGCACAGUGUAAAUUUGACAUAAUCAUAGAUUGCUAUGGUUUAGGCUGUAUGUACAGUAAAACUAUGGGUUGUAAAUGUUUGGGGAAAUUCCUAUGGAAAAAGAGAAUGCUAUGUAGAACAACCUCUGAUAAGGUUUAUGUGCAUGCCUGAGGUCUUUUUGAAAUUUCAGUGUAUAAAUUUCCUCUUAGCGUACACAAAAUAAAAAAAAAUAAAGUUAUAUAGUCUGUUAA